AUGGAUGACGGACGGAGAGAGUCGAGCAAUGGGUCGCGCAAAAGAUCAGUGGAUGGCACAGAGGCAUCAUGGCUGGGGGCCGUGCCAGGAGAGGACAUUGAGAAGCGACGGACGACCGAGUCGGACAGACACAAUGACCAUCAUGGAUCGAAGAACCAGAAGCCUGCCCACGACGACCCCUUUGGCGACGAAACAAAUGCAGCCGUAAAAUAUCGUACAAUGCACUGGUGGCAAGGCGCCAUGAUCAUGAUCGCCGAAACCAUCUCCCUAGGAAUCCUCUCCCUUCCCUCAGUCCUCGCCAACAUCGGCCUGGUACCCGGUAUCAUCCUCCUGCUCUCCUUGGGCACCAUAGCGACGUACACGGGUUACACGAUCUUCCAGUUCAAGAUGGCAUAUCCUUACGUCCAUAAUCUGGCUGACGUGGGUGAGGUGAUGCUGGGCGCUGUGGGAAGAGAGGUUUUCGGGGCGGCACAGACGAUUUUCUUGGUUUUCAUCAUGGGUAGUCAUAUUUUGACUUUCACGAUCGCUAUGAAUGCUAUCACGGGUCAUGCGACUUGUACGAUCGUUUGGGGUGUCGUAGGGGUGGUGAUACUAUUCCUCUUCACGCUCCCGAGGACACUGAGAAAAGUGUCAUAUCUAUCUAUCGCUUCCUUCAUCUCCAUCCUCUCAGCAAUAAUGAUAACCAUGAUAGGCGUGGGCAUAACGCAACCCGACCCCAUCAUCCGCGCAACCGUCCACACCACAACAUUCGCCUCGGCCUUCGCCAGCACGACCAACAUCAUCUUCGCCUACGCGGGCCACGUAGCCUUCUUCUCCUUCAUCUCCGAGCUUAAGAACCCUAAGGACUUCCCAAAAGCACUGCUGCUGUUGCAAGCCUGCGAUAUGACCCUUUAUCUGGUUGUCGCGGCGGUGAUAUAUCGAUACUGCGGUGCGGAUGUAUCCUCCCCGGCCUUGGGGUCAGCGUCGCUGGUUGUGGCUAAGAUUGCUUAUGGGGUCGCUUUGCCUACCAUCCUAAUCGCUGGUGUAAUCUACGCCAACGUCGCAGCCAAAUACAUCUACGUCCGCUUAUUCCGAGGCACGCGCCACAUGCAAGAAAACACCUGGCUAUCAUUCGGCUCGUGGGUAGCCAUAAUCCUCACCCUCUGGGUCAUCGCCUGGGUAAUAGCCGAGAGCAUACCCGUAUUCAACGACCUGAACUCCCUAAUCACGGCCCUCUUCGCCUCAUGGUUCACCUACGGCCUCUCGGGUAUAUUCUGGCUCUAUAUGAACUACGGCCAAUGGUUCCGCAAUAGCCGCAAGAUUUGGCUCACGGUCCUAAACUUCCUUAUCUUAAUCAUGGGUGCUGUGAUAUGCGGUAUAGGUCUCUACGCUUCGGGGAAAGCUAUUCACGACGAUGCAGGAUCGGGAUCAAGUUGGAGCUGUGCGGAUAAUUCUGGUAGUUAG